AUGAGAGAGGAAAUGUCGUUAGGACGCCAGGAGGCUUUUGAGAUUUUCAAGAGGGACCAUGCUGACAGCGUCACCAUCGAAGACAACAAACAGAUUCUGAAGCAGAGAUUUUCUGAAGCUAAGGCCCUGGGAGAAAGCAUAAAUGAAGCAAGAAGUAAAAUUGGUCGCCUGAAGGAGGAAAUCACCCAGCGGCACGUGCAGCAGGUGGCUCUAGGUAUCUCAGAAAACACCCCUGUGCCCUCGAUGCCAGACCAGCUGGAAGAGAAGCUGCGAUCACAGCUGGAGGAAGAGAAGAGAAGAUAUAAAACGAUGUUCGCGCGCCUGAAGGCCCUGAAGGUGGAGAUAGAGCAUUUGCAGCUGCUCAUGGACAAAGCGAAGGUGAAGCUGCAGAAAGAGUUUGAAGCCUGGUGGGCCAAGGAGGCAACCAGCCUGCAGGUAAACUCCCCAGCAGUGACUCCAUCGAAUCACGUGACACCCUUUCCCCAGAUGUCAGAAGCCCAGCACGAAAGGUCCCAGCUUCUCUCUAACAAAAGCGAUGUGUAUGCCAGGAGGAUCCUGCCCUCGCCUGGCCCCCUCCUGCACAGCCUGGAGCGGAGCAGCCCUGGUGCCCCCACGGAGGACAGCAUCCCAGAGAGGCCAGUGUCGUCCGUCCCUCUCACAGGGGACAGCCAGACAGACUCCGACAUCCUGGCCUUCAUCAAGGCGAGACAGAACAUCCUGCAGAGGACAGGUUUCCAGUAAGCACCCCAGUGCAUUGUGGCAGCAAGAACAGACUCCAGACGAAGGUCUCAACUCCAGCAGUGACCUGUGGACUGCUGGAAGCAAUUGGUGACCUGGAUCCCAGUCGGGAGGCUGUGUUUCUUUAAGGAUGGAGCCCUGGAUGCUUGCUGCCAGUGGGGCUGGGGCCAGGCUUAUGGUGCUGUCCUUGCUGUGGGUGCUGGAGCCGUGGGCAGCCAGGCGGUGCCGGGUUCUAGGGGUGGAAUAAGUGCUUUAGCUCACCCUUGUUGUGGCCUUACACAUAGACAACUACAAGCCUUUGAGAUCAUGAAACAAUACCAUCCUAGCACAGUGGCCGGGAAGCUCACACUGGUAGGAGGAGGUGGAAAUGAUAAUGAGUUAUCUUUAGCUCUGGGGUUGGCCAAAAAGCUCACAUGGGUUUUUCUGUAACAUCUUACAGGAAAAUUCCAAAUGAACUUCUCAACCAACCCAAUAUUUUCCCGCCACUCCCCUGCCCCAGCCCCUGGUUGAGACGCCCAGGAAUGGCUGGGGCAGCCACACAGCAGGUCAGACCAACGCCAAGGCAGUGGAGAGCGGCAGGGCAUCCGGAUGGCCAGCCCUGCCCCCCCAGGCCAGACCCCGCACCGUCACUCUCACGGUCCAGAUGACCCACGGGCGACGCCUGAAUCAGCUGCGUCUCCAGGGAGCCGCCCCUGCAGCAGCACCCGGAGGGCAGUGGACGGCUCCCGGGAGCUCUGCUGAGAUCCGCGAGGGGCGGUGUGGGUGCCUUGGGCCUCACCUUCACCCCGUGCCUCGGGGCUCGGCAGGGUUUGGGCCAAUUCUCCCCGUUCCCACAGGGGAACGUGUCUCAGGGAGCCCUCUCAGCACUCCAGGCUCAGGGCCAGUGGAGGGUGGGCCGACCCCUAGAGGCC